GUCGAGGACUCGGACGACGAGGAGGACCUAGACGAGUGGACGCGCGAAGACUUGCGGCAGCUGUCCGACUUCGAGGACAUCGACCACCGCGAGAAGCUGUUCAUGCACGAGUGGAACGUGUUCGUGCAUCGGUUCAAGCCGUACGCGGACCGCGACGUCCCCGCCGCGCUCGCCGCGUUCGCGAAGUACCGCGGCGACGCGUUGCGCGCGGAUCCGGCGUUGCGUCGAAUGUUCGUGUUGCACCUCGUGAACCAGUGGGAUUUUGGCGUCGUCGAG